UGAAAAUUAGUCAUGUUAUUUUCCCCUUUAUUGGUAGUCACCUCCACCACAUGGACCCAGGAAAUGAUAUAGGAAUUUCAGAAUUUCUUCUUAUGGGAUUUUCAGAAGAAACAGAACUGCAGCCCCUCGUAUUUGAGCUUUUCCUCUCCAUGUAUCUGAUCACUGUGUUUGGCAACCUGCUCAUCCUCCUGGCCAUUAGCUCUGACGCCCACCUCCACACCCCCAUGUACUUCUUCCUGGCCAACCUGUCCUUUGUAGACAUUUGCUUCACCUCCACCACCGUCCCGAAGAUGCUCUGGAACAUCCAGACCCAGACCAAAGUCAUAACCUAUGAGGACUGUAUCACACAAAUGAACUUUUUCAUAACCUUUGCAGGGAUGGAUGACCUUCUCCUGAAUGUGAUGGCCUACGACAGGUUUGUGGCCAUCUGCCACCCGCUACAGUACAUGGUCAUUACGAACUCCUGGCUCUGUGGACUCCUGGUCCUGGUGUCCUGGAUCCUGAUGGUCUCUUUAUUUUACUGUACAAGCCUAGGAGUGUACCUUAGCUCUGCUGCUAUCCGGAGCUCCCACUCAAGUGCAACAGCCUCAGUGAUGUACACGGUGGUCACACCCAUGCUGAACCCCUUCAUCUAUAGCCUGAGGAACAAAGACAUUAGUUCCUCUGAUGAGAUUCUCUGGUAUGGCAGCUAUAAAAGGGCCAAUUGUCUUGUGCUGAAAAUAAAUAAAAAGUUCUACUCCAUCCAGAAUCAAAGAUGGAAGAAUAGUCUCCACCUCCUGAUGGAAGGUACUGCGCACAUUGCCAAAGAUAUGAUUACAGAGAAAGACCAGGACUUGGGGCCAUCUCUGCAAACAGUCUACCACUGCUGUUAA